CAAGUCACCGCGGUACGCCCACUUGCCACCGAGGAGGCUGCCCCGGUUGAGUGCGUCCCCUGCUCCCAGCUCCCGGGGUACCCGCCCCAGCAGGUGUCCCCGCCCGGAUCUUCCCGCCCGCCCCAUCUAGGGGGCUCGCUCCCACCCAUCCAACCGUCCAGUCACUUGGCGUCUCAUCCUGCCGAUUUCCAGCCCGCUCUCCGCUCUGAGCCCGCUCUGGUCAUGUGCCCCCUCCCAAACUCCCUACCAGUUUGCUCCGUAUCCCCACCUCACACCGUAUAACCCCUCCCCGUCUUCCUGGGUCGUUGCCCUGUCAUCUAGUGUCCCUGUCCCGCUCUUCCCACCCGAUCCCUGGUGGGGGUCUGUUCUCACCUACGACGCCCAGCCAGCCUCCGGCUCCUCCAGUCCCCUCUCCCAUCCUACCUCGCCCUCCGAACCCCUCUCGGGUCUGACGUCCUCGCCCUCCACUCCUCGCCCCCAUGGUCCCAGAGCCCGGCCCUGCCAGCAACAGCACCCCGGACUGGGGGUCGGGGCCGCCGUCGGACCCGGCAGGCAGCGGCUGGGUGGCGGCUGCGCUGUGCGCAGUCAUCGCGCUGACGGCGGCGGCCAACUCGCUGCUCAUCGCGCUCAUCUGCACGCAGCCCGCGCUGCGCAACACGUCCAACUUCUUCCUGGUGUCACUCUUCACGUCGGACCUGAUGGUGGGGCUGGUGGUGAUGCCGCCGGCCAUGCUGAACGCGCUGUAUGGGCGCUGGGUGCUGGCACGCGGCCUCUGCCUGCUCUGGGCCGCCUUCGACGUGAUGUGCUGCAGCGCCUCCAUCCUCAACCUCUGCCUCAUCAGCCUGGACCGCUACCUGCUCAUCCUCUCGCCGCUGAGCUACAAGCUGCGCAUGACGCCCGCGCGCGCCCUGGGGCUUGUCCUGGGCGCCUGGAGCCUGGCUGCGCUCGCCUCGUUCCUGCCCCUGCUGCUGGGCUGGCACCAGCUGGGCCGCGCCCGGGCCCCUGCCCCGGGCCAGUGCCGCCUGCUGGCCAGCCUGCCCUUCGUCCUCGUGGCCUCGGGCCUCACCUUCUUCCUGCCCUCGGGCGCCAUCUGCUUCACCUACUGCAGGAUCUUGCUGGCUGCCCGCAAGCAGGCCGUCCAGGUGGCCUCCCUCACCACCGGCAUGGCCGGCCAGGCCUUGGAGACGCUGCAGGUGCCCAGGACCCCACGCCCAGGGAUGGAGUUGGCCGAUAGCAGGCGUCUGACCACCCAGCACAGCAGGAAGGCCUUAAAGGCCAGUCUGACACUGGGCAUCCUGCUAGGCAUGUUCUUUGUGACCUGGCUGCCCUUCUUCGUGGCCAAUAUAGCCCAGGCCGUGUGCGACUGCAUCUCCCCAGGCCUCUUCGAUGCCCUCACGUGGCUGGGUUAUUGCAACAGCACCAUGAACCCCAUCAUCUACCCGCUCUUCAUGCGGGACUUCAAGCGGGCCCUGGGCAGGUUCCUGCCCUGUCCCCACUGCCCCCGGGAGCGCCGGGCCAGCCUGGCAUCACCCUCCAUGCGUACCUCUCACAGCGGCCCCCGGCCGGGCCUGAGCCUGCAGCACGUGUUGCCACUGCCCUUGCCAUCUGACUCCAAUUCUGACUCAGGCUCAGGCUCCGGUGGUUCCUCGGGCCUGCAGCGCACGGUCCAGCCACUGCUGCGUCGAGAGGCCCCCCGGGACCCCCCGCCCUCUGCCAGGGUUACUGCUGUGGUCAAUUUCUCCGACAUCGAUCCUGUGGAGCCCCAGCCGAAGCUGCAUCCACUUGGUGCUCCCACGAACUGACCCAAUCUUGGAGCUGGCCAGUGGGGAGCUGGACUGGAUGGGACCAAGUCCCCAAGGCCUUGGACCAGCUCUGGGCUAAGGCUGGGAGGCUGCAGGCCUCUUGGGAGCCCUCUGAGUUCCAGUGGGGUGCACUGAGCCAGCCCCACUGCCCACCCCCUGGAAUAACAGCUGGCUGGGAUACCGUUCUCUCCAGGAUGCGCCACUGCCGAGUGGUGCCCGUGGAUGUAUGUGGAGGUGGCUGGGGGACACUGGCAGAGGGGAAAGGACCUCUUGGUUCAGGUCUGGUGGAGAAGACAGUCCUCUCCUUUGGCAUUCUAGGAGAUGGUAGGGAAGGGACGCCUCUGUCUGCAGAGGUAGAUUGGUGCUGAGUCCCUCACUCCUGUGAGGCCACCACCAUUAGCGUCACCUCCCUGCAGUUUGUUUAAAAUGCACACCUGUGCCCCCACCCCCACCCCAGGCCUGCUGAGUCAGUAUCUGCAUGUUAGCAAGAGCCCUGGGUGAACUGUGCACACUGCAGUUGGAGAUGUGCUGGCUUGGGGGACCGUUAACCCCGAGGAUGACUUGCUGGUUUUCAGCCGGGCUACCACCUCAGGAUGCACAGAAAAACACCCGACCUCGGCGUCAGGAAGGCAUCCCUUUGAAUCUCUGCUCCACUACUCGCUGGCUCUUACACGGGUUCUGUAACCUCUGAGCCUGCUAUUCCGUGUGCAAAGUGGGGUAACGGUGCCCUGAGAAUUAGGACAGCAGGUGUAGAGCAGAACACCCACAGGUGGUGCUGCUGGGGGUGGGACCUGCUGGUGUCAGAACGCCUGGCCCCGAUGCCACCACCUGGCUAUGGCUCCCCAACUUCUGGCUGCUGAGCAGGGCUCCCAUGCCCACUCCCAGGCUGCUGCCCUGCCUCUCACGGGGGGGCAACGUGGGGGCUGGUAGUUUCUCGCUCAACACCCGGAACAGGGUUCCCUUCAUCUUGGACUUCCUUGGACCUAGAAGGGAGCCAACUGAUCGGGACAGACCAGCCCAUUGGCCCACCUCCUUCUGGCAUUCCCUGGGUCAGUGAGGGAAACAGGAGUGGCGGCCACUCGGGUCAGCAGAGUGGAAGAGCCAUCCCUGCGUGGGUUGCUGCCCUUGGGCAGGUAGGUGGAUGCUGGCACAGAGCCUGGGUUGUCUUUGAGGUGGGGGGGGGACUCUUGGUCUCCACAUUUUACCUGCUCUAAGUUUUCAGUCGAGGCCUCCCCAGUUUCAACCAACCCAAAAGCCCAGGGGGCCCUCCCCUGCGGCCUGGCGCUCUCCUUGGUGCUGAUUAGAUUCUACUCUGGCCCUGCCCACGGGCCACAGAGGGGUCAUGGUGCUUGCUGGGGCCCCCUGCGCCCCCAGGCCUGCCUGAGUGGACUCCCAAUAAACACUACCUGAGGCAGUGA